UCGUUCUCAUGAUAAGGCCCUCCGUACUCUUCCCGGCCGUACUUUGCUUAAUCCGGCGAAAGGUCGGCUCAAAGAUCUAGGAAGCCGUGCCAUCUCCGUCGCCACCGAGCUCCGGCGACCACCAUGGCAUCUCUCGUUCCGACGCCAACCAUGCCGGAGAGGCAGCAACGCCAGACGACAGGAACGAUAAUCUUCAGCUACACCUGCGUCGGGCUCACGGGCAGUGCGCUCGUUGCCGUCCUCGUCUUCUACUGCUACAACCACUCCCGCCGACGAGCGCCGGUCAGCGCCGCCGGGGCCGGGGUGGAAGGCAAUCCAGGAGCAGGCGACCACCACCAUGUUGGCGUCGACGUCACCAAGCUCCCGGAGUACGCCUACACCCAGUCGUCGAGGCGCAGGGGCAACGGCGGCGACGGGGCGCAGUGCUCGGUGUGCCUCGGCGCGGUGCAGCCCGGCGAGAUGGUGCGGCGGCUGCCCAUGUGCAAGCACCUGUACCACGUGGAGUGCAUCGACCUGUGGCUGGCGUCUCACGCCACGUGCCCGAUCUGCCGGUCGGACGUCGAGCCGGCGGCGGACGGCCAGGCAGAGCCGACGACGACGCAGCCGCCACAGGCGCUGCCGCCGGUGUAGUUCGUCGGCGCCGGUCAUGUGUUUGCUCCUGCGACGGGGACGUUAACUAGCAGCUGUGUAAUGCAUUUGUAUAUACAUCAGGAAUGUGUUGCGUUUUCAAGUUUCAAUCGUAUAUACUCCAUUUCGAUCAGGAUCUUCUCCUCAAUUAAUUUGCUACCUACUCGUCGACUGCAAAUUUCAAGCUCAGCAUACGC